GUGACACUUGACAGUGACAUAAUAUUGUUUUGACAAUAUCAGAUGAUUUGCAGUUAUUCUUAUGCACUUUCGAUUGUUUAAUAAAAAUAUUUCAAAAUGUUUCAGUUCGGAUUCAACAUGUUUCAUGAAAUUACGAGACCAUUUAGCAUGACUUAUCGUUGCUACUCCGUCUCAAUGUUACCUGGCAACGAGCGACAAGAUGUUGAAAGAGGGGGGAAAAUAAUUAUGCCACCAUCAGCAUUAGAACAACUGACAAGAUUAAAUAUUGAAUAUCCGAUGAUAUUUAAGUUGACAAAUAAGAAAACAAAGAGAAUAACCCACUGUGGAGUGCUUGAGUUUGUUGCUGAUGAAGGGAAAGUGUACUUACCACACUGGAUGAUGGCGAAUCUUGUAUUAGAAGAGGGAACUUUACUUCAGAUUGAGAGUGUAUCAUUACCAGUUGCAACAUUCUCAAAAUUCCAACCGCUGUCGGAAGAUUUUCUUGAUAUCACUAACCCAAAAGCAGUGUUAGAAAAUUGCUUAAGAAACUUUUCAUGUCUCACAACAGGAGAUGUUAUAGCAAUCAAAUACAAUUCUAAAGUAUAUGAGUUGUGUGUGCUAGAGACUAAACCAGGGAAUGCAGUCAUUAUUAUAGAAUGUGAUAUGAAUGUUGAAUUCGCACCACCAGUGGGUUAUAAAGAAGAAGACCAUAUAUCGAGAAGAGGUUCUAACUCAGAUGUGACUGGAAUGGAAGAAGAUCCCGCAACUAUGAUGCCAGAACCAAGUGGCUUUAUAGCAUUCCGCGGGGAAGGUAACAGAUUAGAUGGCAAAAAGAAGAAAUUAAUUAGCGAAAGUGAUUCAGAGCCUCAGACGUCAAAUUCAAGACAGCCAUAUGUUCGCGGAAUACCAGACUAUGAUUAUAAAAUUGGCACACUAAGAUUUAUAAGGAAUUCAAGGCCAGCUAGUGCCAAAGAAGAGAUUCAGUCAGAACCAUUUGAGGCAUUUAAGGGAGAGGGCUUCACUCUUCGUACUGCCAAGUCUAAGAAUUGAUUAAUUGGGAUUGUAUCUAAUUUAAAUUUUUAUGUAUUUAAGUUUCUAAAACAUUCAACGAGGGCAGAUUUUAAUCAGAAAUAUUUUGACUCUAACCAGAAUUGUUAUU